AUGCUGAACCAAGGGCACCUGAGGGAACUGAUGAGCGACCGUGGACGAGCCAACUUUGGGCGCGGACGUGAACAACACCAGGGCCCUCCAAAGCCACCCUUCCCCGCCCGCACUAUCCAAAUAAUCAUAAACGGAGGCGAUGAAGCAACGAUAAACCAUGUGAAGUUCACCACCACACACAAACUGAAGCGGUCGAUCACCCACGAACGGUACGAUGACCUCGGAGACAGUAUCAUCUUCGAUAAGUCAGAUACUAACGGUUUGACUUUCCUUCACUUCGACACUCUUGUUAUUACGUUACGUAUUUCUGAUACUGAUGUGAAAAGAAUAAUGGUAGACAAGGAAAGUGGUGCGUGUAUUAUCCACCCUCGAGUCCUCACACAAAUGAGACUCGAAGACAAGAUAGUACCAUGCUGCAUAACACUAACAGGUUUUAACAAUGCUGUUGAGCGAACCUCUGGGGAGAUAACACUACCCGUUCUGGCCAGGGGUUUCACCCUAGAAACGACGUUCCAUGUCAUAAACCAAGACACAACAUACAACUUCAUCAUAGGGUUCCCAUGGAUACACGCCAUAAGGGCUGUUUACGUCAAACCUGUAUCAAGUGAUCAAGUUCCUUACUCCAUGAGGGAUAUUCACGAAUAA